UUACGGUAUGAAAGUUUUGGUCACGAUUAAAACCAUCACAGUUUACCAGUAUUGUUCAUGGUAAUGUUCAGAUGUGCUGCAAAUGUACCAAAAAAAAAAAAAAAAAAGGAAUCUUGCGACACAGUGAAAGUCAUUUAAACGGGUUUUAGAGUUGAAAAUCAACAAACGGCAAACAAAAUUAGCAGCAUAAACACCAUAAGGUUAACGUUAACGUCGCGUCUGUGUUCUAGUUCUCGAUCGGAGCGAAAAUGAAGUCGGAAGACUUCUGGGUUUGUAUCGGACGAUCGUUUUGUAGGCCGCGAUGGAUCGUUAAAAAAUAGUGAAGAACGGGUACGGGUUUCUGAACGUCCGUCUCGGAUCGCUGUUUCGUGUCCCCGUAAUCGUUCGAAAAACCGUGUAUUUCGUGGUAUGAAUGUACGCUACCGGUUGAAAGUCUAGACACACUCGUCGAGCGAUCCCGAGCGCCGUCGCUGCUUUCCGCCGUGUUUUCACACUCAAAAAAACAACAGCGUUGCAUGCUGUGCCUGCAUCUGACUCGUGCUGGGUGUGUGUGGACAGCGUUUACGGCGAGUUUUACUGGGUUUUACUGAUUAAUUAAAUGUGACAUGGUAACGCUAAUCGUCAGGGAAGUUUAUGGUGAAACCGGUAAUCGUUUCAUCCCUUGGUUAAAUCGUUCAGGUGUAUAGCAGGAGCCCAGUACUCAGAAAGAAAGGUACUAAACUGUACUUUUCCCUGUCUCUGAGGCGGGAACAUCUUUUGUGCUUGCAGUAUGCAUCUUUUACAGAUAGAUCAGUGGACCCACUCCAUCCAUCCAUCCAUCUGUCUUCAGUAACCGCUCUAUCCUGGUUUAACCUGCUUUUUUUCAGUAAAUGCUUUACCUGUCUAACUGCUCUAUCCUGCUUUAUUCUGGAGUUGCGAUCGAUCCAGAGUCUAACCUGAGAUGGGAAUACAUUCUGGAUGGGAUCACAGGGCAAAACACACGUUUUAGUGUAGCCACGCUGCCUAAUGGCAUGACAGGGUCAUGGGCACACUUAAUCUCGUUGAUGCGCGUGGGGAGCGAAGGCGAGCCCGUCUGGUCCGAUCCCACAGAAGAGCUACUGUAGAACAAACUGCUGAAAAAGUUAACGCUGGCUGUGAUAGCAAGGUGCCAGAACACCCAGUGCAUCUCAGCUUGCCCAUGCUGACUUCUGUCCAUUGAUGAAAGCACCUACAAUGGGCAUGUGAGCAUCAGAACUGGACCAUGGAGCAAUGGAAGAAGGUGGCCUGGUCUGAUGAAUCACGUUUUCUUCUACAUCAUGUGGAGGUCUGGGUGUGUGUGCGCGUCGCUUACCUGGAGAAGAGAUGGAACCAGGAUGCACAAUAGGAAGAAGGCAAGCUGGAGGAGCCAGUGUGAUGCUCUGGGAAGCAUAACCAUUUUUACAGACCAAGUACACCCUUUCAUGGCAAUGGUUUACCCUAAAAGCAGUGGCCUCUUUGAGCAGGGUAAUGUUUGAGGAACCUGACGAAGAGUUCAAGGUGUUGACUCGGCCUCCGAGUUCCCCAGAUCUCAAUCCGAUCAAGCGUCUGUGAGAUCUCCUGGACAAACGAGACCGAUCCAAUGAGGCCCGACUUCACAACGUACAGGAUUUAAAGGAUCCGCUGCUAACGUCUUGUUGCCAGAUCCCGCAGCACACCUUCAGAGGUCUUGUAGAGUCCGUGCAUCGAUGGAUCAGAGCUGUUUUGGCAGCACAAAUGGGACCUAGCUGGUUUUAAUGUCAUGGCUGAUCAGUGUUCAUACUGAAAGUACAAAAGAUGUACUGUUGAUGGUAUCUCCCAGCAACAUGGAAAAGUACAAGUUGGUACCUUUUUGUCUGAUAAUGAAAAACUGGAUUCAGGUACAAUUUAGUCAUCUCUCUGCUAAAAGACGUUUGACAAGAUCCAACUCGCUAGAUAAUCACCUGGUUUAUUCGAUAUCUUUGCACAGGGACAUCACCACACCGUGCUUGACUCUGACCCCCUUCUAGGACUGGAGAUGUGCUUACAGCUUAAAAUAGCGUCUUAGUCAUGGUCAUUUGCGUCGCUUAUGUGACACAUCAUGACUAAAUAAAUGAUGUAGUCAAGAGUCUUUAGAUGGUUUUCCUACGUCGCAACCUUAUUGGCCACGUAUUUAAUUUUACGACUGGGUAAAUCUCUGGAACGUUUGUAAAACCGGACAAUAACUUAUACCAGGGAAUGUGGCGCUCCGGUUUAGCUCCAAACCCUUUAGGCACAUGGGUUCUGACUGUGGUGUGAGAGUAUUACAAGUUCUCCGCUCCAUCGUCCCGCUUAGGUCAGAGGUUUCCGUUGUGCUUAUGCACCUGAUCCAACUAAUCAGUGAGCUGGCUGAAAAGCAUCAAGAGGAAGAACUUCAAACUGAGCGGGACAGUGGGUCCCCUGAGGCUCCAAUAACCGUUACUCCUAAGCGGAGAGACGUAAUAUUUUAGAGCUGUUGCCGCAAAACGGUUCCUGUACGCUUUAAGAGUAACGCUGUUCGAAGUACGAGUAGCGAUGUUGACUAAACCGCAGGCAUUUUAAACGUUCACAGAGUUAAAGGAGCACUCCGAUGUUUAUACCGCCAUGUGUUUUUGUGACCUGCUUGGUUUUAGAAUUUUUUAAAAUUUUUUAUUUAGUAUUUAUUUACUUUUGUGUGUGUGUGUGUUGAGACCUAAUAAAUAACAGCCUACAUUUUUAAAUCUUUGAGAUUUUUUUUAAAAAAAAAAGAAAAGAAAAAAAGUUGUAAGUAGUGAUGCGUUUCAAUACGUCAUCACGUGACGUUGCACACGUGGAGCUGGCACCGAGCCCAAAUGAUAAAGACACGCUUCUGUCCCAGGAUGCCGGAUAAAAAUGAUACAGGGAGGCUCUGCGGGUUUUCCGGAUGAAGUCCUGCUUUCGGUAACGACGGUGUUUGAUACGCGAAGGUACAGUCGGACACGUCCCGCGGCUACACCGCCACUUGUGCCUCUCCCAGGUGACUCUGCUGCUGGAAAAACGAUGACCUUCGUAUGUUUACUCUGGUUCAGCAAAAUCUGGAUCGAUUUCAUAUGAAAACACUUGUGCCCAGCUGUCAGACAGCCGGGAUUGCAGUAUGCUUGCCGUCGCACUACGAUGACCGCUGUGGCUGUAGGCUCCCUGCAGUAAGCACUUAAAGGUUAUGCUGUCCGAAACCUCCCAGCUGAGUCUGAGCAAAAGAGAAAAAGGCUAACGUCCAAUCACAGAGACGCACGCACGCACGCACGCGCACGCACGCACACAGCACACCAAGCCAUGAGUGAUUCUCAGGACACUGGAGACGCCGUCGCCGCUACAGGACUGGCUGGACAUUUCCCGGCCGCAGCCGUGCCCGUCUCUCCCCGUCGGCACGGCGACGACAUCAACGACGAAGACGACGGGGACCUGAACAAGACCCUGGGAGUGCAGAGCUUCCAGCAGAUCCUCUCCCCGGCACCGCGGCUACCGGCCGAGCAGCACCGCACCUUCAACCAGGAGGACUUGGAGGCCCACCGCCACUUGCCGCUGCACAUCCAUCACCCGCUAUCCAAACGGCUGCCCUCUGAGAGCCGGGGCAAAAAGAGCGGGCGCAAGAGGAAGAGCGGGAGGAGGCGGGGCUCGGCCAGCAGCGGCGGAGCUCCCACUAUAGAGGAGGAUGAGCAAGAGGAAGAAGUAGAGGAGGACCACUGCAGCCCACAGGAUGGAGAAGGCAACGUCACCACGCCUACAUCAGAUAACGAUACAGAUGCUCACGCAGAGCCAGUGCAGUUCUUUAUGUGCGAUGAAGACUCCAACGGUGCUACCGUGGUCAAAAAUAACCUGGGUACUCCAGCUCGCCAGCUCGUUAUUGUCCCCGAGUCGGCCCUACACAAGAGCGGCGCUAGCACCGAGGACGCCACUACAACCGACAGCGUCGACGGCGUGUGCGUGCAGCCCAAUGGUAGGACGGCGUCCGUUCCGUCGGGGUUCCCGCCCCUGUCUCCGGACGCCAGCUCGAGGUUGGCGCGCAGCUACGACCUGCAGGAGCGCCGGCGCACGGGGGACGUGACCGCCACCGAACUGGCACGCUACCGAUGCAUGCCGACCGACGAAAGCGAAGCACAGAUGUUGGCCACCGUCGACCUGGACGGCAUGAAAAGUCACCGGUUUGAAGAUGUCCCCGGCGUGCGGCGUCACCUGGUCAGGAAGUGCAGCAAGGGGCAGGUGGUUCACAUCAGCAAGGACCACAGAGAGCCCAGCGGCCGCAGCCGCAAACUGGACAGAACCCCGCACGAGGUGUUUGUGGAGCUGAACGAGCUGGUGAUGGAUAAGAAUCAGGAGAUGCAGUGGAGAGAGACGGCUCGCUGGAUCAAGUUCGAGGAGGACGUGGAGGAGGAAACGGACCGCUGGGGCAAACCACACGUAGCCUCGCUGUCAUUCCGCAGCCUGCUGGAGCUGCGUCGGACCAUCUCGCACGGUGUCGUACUGCUGGACCUGGACCAGAGGACGCUGCCUGGCAUCGCUCAUCAAGUGGUGGAACAGAUGAUCAUCUCCGACCAGAUCCGAGCAGAAGACCGAGCCAACGUGCUCCGGGCACUGCUUCUCAAACACAGCCACCCGAGCGACGGGAAGGAGCACAGCUCGUUCCACAGGAACAUCUCAGCAGCGAGUCUCACCUCUCUGAUGCCUCAUCACCAUAGCAACAACCACGUCGCACCUCCGGAACCUACCGCUGCCGACCCGCUCAUAGCAGGAACCGCCGAAUCCGACUCCAACCACUGCGUCGACAUCGACAAGAACGAGAAAGAUACUUCUCUAGUGCUGGGCUUGCACAAAUCCAAAUCUAAGCACGAGCUCAAGCUUCUGGAAAAGAUCCCGGAAAACGCAGAGGCCACCGUCGUGCUUGUGGGCAGGGUGGACUUCCUGGACCAGCCGACCAUGGCUUUUGUGCGGCUGCAGGAGGCGGUGCUGCUGGAGUCGGUGCUGGAGGUGGCAAUACCAGUGCGCUUCAUGUUCGUCCUCCUCGGCCCACCCAUCGCCAACAUGGACUACCAUCAGAUCGGGCGCUCCAUAUCCACCCUGAUGUCUGACAAACAAUUUCACGAGGCGGCAUAUUUGGCAGAUGAGCGCGGCGACCUGCUGACAGCCAUUAACAGCUUUCUGGACUGCAGCAUCGUGCUUCCUCCAUCAGAGGUAGGAGGUGACGAGCUGCUGCACUCUGUGGCCCGAUUCCAGCGAGAGAUGCUGCGCAAGAGACACGAGCAGGAAGUCAAAUUACAGGCCAAGGAACCCAAGAGGCCAGAGGACGAGGCUCUUUUACCCCCGAGUAAACCCGUAGCUGACCCCCUGCGGAGGACGGGACGGCUGUUUGGUGGGGCUAUACGAGACGCACGCAACCGUUACCCCAAAUACCUCAGCGACUUUAAGGAUGCCCUCAACCCUCAGUGCAUGGCUGCUGUCAUAUUCAUUUACUUUGCUGCCCUCUCUCCUGCCAUUACCUUUGGAGGACUGUUGGGCGAUAAGACGGAGGGCUUGAUGGGCGUGUCGGAGUUAAUCGUUGCCACUGCACUACAGGGGAUUUUGUUUAGUCUGCUUGGAGCUCAGCCCCUCCUCGUGGUUGGCUUUUCCGGACCUUUGUUAGUGUUCGAAGAGGCGUUCUAUUCUUUCUGUACGUCCUAUGGAAUGGAGUACCUGACGGGCCGGGUAUGGAUCGGGUUCUGGCUGGUAUUGAUCGUGGUGGUUACGGUGGCCUUCGAGGGAAGCUUCCUGGUGCGUUUCGUUUCCCGCUUCACGCAGGAGAUCUUCUCCUUUCUCAUCUCCCUCAUCUUCAUCUACGAGACCUUUGUGAAGCUUGCCAAGAUCUUCAAAGACCACCCUCUCACCUCUUGCGACAGCACAGCAGAAAAUAACACUACACCAGAGUUCCUAGUCAACUCCAGCAGAACCCGAGACACACCUGGGAAAGUAUUAAACCAGCCCAAUACAGCCCUGCUAUCCCUGGUGCUUAUGUCAGGAACCUUCUUCAUUGCCUUCUACCUGCGCAAGUUUAAGAACAGCGCCUUCUUCCCUGGCAGUCUCCGCAGGGUGAUUGGAGAUUUCGGUGUUCCCAUUGCUAUCUUCAUCAUGGUUUUGGUGGACUACAGCAUCAAAGACACCUUCACACAGAAGCUGAGCGUUCCGGACGGCUUCAACGUGACCAGCCCGGAGAAACGGGGCUGGGUGAUCAACCCGUUGGGCUCUGACGGUCAGUUCCCAGUCUGGAUGAUGGCUGCCAGCAUUCUGCCUGCCCUGCUCGUGUUCAUCCUCAUCUUCAUGGAGACACAGAUCACCACUCUUAUCGUGAGUAAAAAGGAGAGGAUGCUGGUGAAGGGGUCCGGCUUUCAUUUGGACCUGUUGAUCAUCGUAGCCGUGGGUGGGAUCUCGGCUUUGUUUGGCCUGCCCUGGCUGGCUGCCGCAACCGUGCGCUCCGUGACCCACGCCAAUGCACUUACUGUCAUGAGCAAGGCCGUGGCACCCGGCGAUAAACCACGCAUCCAGGAGGUGAAGGAGCAGAGGGUGACCGGAUUUCUGGUCGCGGUUCUCGUCGGUCUUUCUAUUGUGAUUGGGGAGGUGCUGAGGAAGAUCCCCAUCGCUGUUCUGUUUGGCAUUUUUCUCUACAUGGGGGUUAUGUCCCUCAACGGCAUCCAGAUGACUGAGCGCAUGAUGCUGCUCCUGAUGCCUCCCAAAUAUCACCCAGACCAUAUGUACGUGCGGAAGGUGCGCACUCUACGGAUGCACCUUUUCACCGUUAUCCAGGUGGUGUGUUUGGCCGGGCUCUGGGCCGUCAUGUCCACCCAGGCCUCGUUAGCGUUUCCCUUUGUCCUCAUCCUCACCGUGCCCAUCAGGAGGUACCUGCUGCCGCGGAUCUUCACCCAGCGCGAGAUGCAGUGUCUUGACGCGGACGACUCGGAGCCCACGUUCAGUGUGGGGGAGGGGCAAGACGAGUACACAGACACGCACGUGCCAGUAUGACGCCGAUCACGCCGACCUGACCGGUACUUAUUCUGAGUGGAAUCACAGACGCAAUCCAUAGACUGUUCACUACCAUCUUCUCAGAGGCUUUGACCAAUCAGUGAUCGUUAUCACUGUAGAUCUGUUCCUCGAAGCACGAGCGUCAUGCCUCCAGAAUCUUUUUAUAGCUUUGUGUCCAUCUCGAUUUUUUUUUUUGAAUCGAUAGUAAAACUAUAUUUGCAUAUUAAAUGGUUUCCUGGUUGUCAGUUGCAGUUCCAGUUGUUUAUCCCAUGAGGUUUAGUGUGCACUAACACUAACUCACCAAGUGAGUACUAACACCCAGGUGUAUGUUUGUGUAGUGAGUGUGAAACAUGACACCCCCCCCCCCUUCCUCCUCCCCUACACGAAGCACUUUUGGACCAAUUAUAAUGUAUUUGUUUGUUAUUGAUUCUUCAUCUUACUGAUACCAGGAUGAAAUGUAAUGUAGGUUGAACAAUUCUCAAUCGUCUGACUUUAUUUAGGUAGCAGAGCUAUUGGCAAGUGUUUAUUUUUUAUUUUUUGUUUUUAUUUUGGACCAGCACUGAGAAGAAAGCGAAACUCGGUGUUCUUUAAUGACUGUAUAUUUCAACUCUAUUGUGAACAAAUAUGCAAAGAUUUUGACUGUAACAUGCAAUUCUGUUUUCACCCCUCCCACCCACCAGGGAUGGUGAAUAUCACCUGGGUAUCUUCUUGUGAGGCUAAGGGAGGGUGAAAUUAAAACGCUAGUUAGUUAUGUAAAUGUGCUUCCCUGCCAUUCGGAACCUGCACUAAUCGAACAAAUUACUUUGUUGUAAAUACUACAUCAUACGGUCACUUUGUUUCUUGGUAGGAAGUUCUCAGUAUGUAUGCGCACCCACACGAGAAGAGAUCCAGGUGAUGUUUACCGUCUCUGGCGGUUGUCUGGCGAUCACAGAACCACGGUUACGUAUAUAACUAGUGUUAUCGUUCUAUAUAUCUUUUAUAUAUUGAAAGCCAAAAAGUAUCAAGAGACCAGUGUAUAGAAACCUGCAUUAUUGCUGUAGGGAGUGUAGCCAUUCCCAAAAUAGGAAAAAAUCACCUGUAGGUGCGCAGGGUGUGUGUGUGUGUGUGUGUGUAUCAUCCAUUUUUAUGUGAGUCAGUGCUUCAUUCUGAAAUUAAAUGGCUACUGAAUAUAUUUUUAAUCGUUUCAAAUCAAUAGUAGCGUUUAGGACUAUAAAGGAACGUGAAAAGGGAUGAUGGUACUCACCGUUGCAGUUAGGUCAAGUAAUGAUAUUUUACAGGGUUCUGUGGUAUUUUCCUGGCAAUGAUAAUAGGCCACAUCGUAAUACUAUAUUUCAAGUUUUAAAAUAAAGAUCUGAUUAAAACGUUUUGCGUAUACACGAGUCUUUUUAAAGAACAAAACAAAACAAACAAAAAAAAAAAAAUUCAAAAUGUAAUGCCUGUUUGUUGUAGUCUGUUGUGUGUAGUACUUUAUUAAAAGGUUUAAGAUCCAAAGAUGCAGUAAAAAGCUGAAAUCUUGAACAUUUCUGCAUUUUAUGAUUAUUAGUAUUUUUUUUUUUUGGCCUAGUUUUAUCUUUGUACAUUGUCUGUCUGUCUGUCAGUGAUGUCAUACUUUUAAACAUUUAAUGGGUCAAAAGAUGGAUUAAUUGUUACAAGUGCAAUCUGUCUUACAUUCCAACUAUAACACUCAAACUGAUUUUUUUUUUUUUCCAUUCUUUCUUUGAAAUCUUGAACAAAAUUAUAUUGUGUGUGAAACUGUACAUUUCCGUUUGCUCCUGUCAAAAACAGUUGUGUUUCAACCACUUGAGCUUUUGAUGUAGUGCCUUUUUUAAAAAUAUAAUAUUGCUGUAAAACAGGCCGGAUGAAACUGUGUAGUUGCUUUUGCUUGAUGAUUAACGUGAAGCAGGAGGGACCUUGUUUGUUGUACGAAUGAUGGUGAAGAGUGAGACGGUGUGAUUUGUGAGACUGGAACAAAGUGACCGUUUUGUGGCUGUGUGAACGCAGUAAUUCCUCUGUGUUUAUACACGGUGUAGGCUCAAUAAAGCAACUCAACGUUUCUACCCAUG